UAUCUUAACCUGAGUACUGAAGUAUUAUGGAGGAUAUAUGGCAGCGUACAGGCUGAUGCAAAGACUCUGAAGAGAGAGCAAGAAGGAGUUUGAGAGAUUAGAGAAUGAGAUAAGAGAGUUUUAUAAGGUGAAUUUACCCUGAGAAGUUGAGAUUUUGAAUAUAAGUGGGGAGUGUCUCAAGAAGCUGCUUUGGCGUAAUUUUUAUAAGGUUUGACGGAUUUCCUUGAUUUGUGAGACUAAAAAGAGCUUGGACAUUGCAAUAAAUCUGAUUUCUGAUACAUGAGGUCCAGAAAAUCUUUGAUUGAAUAGGAUUGAGAUUAGAUACAAAGAUGCAAUGAUAAAAACUGACUUUGUGAAAUCAUUCAACAAACUAAUUUACAGUCUAGAGAGAUCCAGAUUUGACAUACUAGAUCUUGUAGACUUUCAACUGAGUGAUGAAUGUACUCAAUUCCUCAACGAUUGCCAGUAUCCAAGUAUUGAUUAUUUUGACUACCUUAAUUCUGAAUCUGAUAUCGCAUUCAGAUGAGGAUGGAUAAAUGAGCUAGAAAUAGACCUUACCAACCAAGAAAGAAUUAAUCUCCAAACACGACUCUCUUUCAAUGUCUGAAACUUGAUCAUUAAGGCUGAUAGCUCCUGAAUGGUUAUUGACAACAUUAUCGGAUCUGAGAAAAUUUUUACUCAAGUUAAAAAAUUUAUUACAUUAAAACUUGGAGGGUUUUGUGAUGAAGACAAACUUCUGAUAAGAACUCUUAGAAAGCACAUUUCUUCAGACAUAAAGUUGGUAUUCCAGAUGACCAAUGAAAAUUUCAAGUGAAGAAUGCUCAAGGACUUCCUUGACUCCAACUGUAGCAUACUUCAAACUAAUGCUCAUUCACCCUCAAUUGCUAAGUUCGAGAAUGUGUCUAUCUACUUUCGAGUCCUUGAUGAGAUUUUUAAAGUUCAUUGUGAAGAGUUUUACAUCAAAGAUACUCUAGACGAAGACCAUACUAUUAACGUCUCUGAGCAUUUCAUCAGACUUGCUUUCAUCAAUGACAGAGAGAGCGAGGAUGGGUUCGAAAUCUCCUGAUGUACGCACAAACCAUGACUUGUAGACACCCAUGAGUAUUUCAAAGAACUUCUAGAGGUAUUAGAGACUGAUAAUAGCUUUGCCAUCCUAAAUUCACAGCUUGACUUAGAUUACCUUAAAAUCCCCCAUUGCGACUCUAUUUUUCUAGAAUUGAACAUAAAAACCCUUGGUAUGUUUCAUGUAGAGCCCAAAGGAGAUGAUGUUUUUAAGUGGAACAGGCAGAUAUCUCGGUUUAUCAGUCUAAUUCCUUCAUCUCCAAAAUUUUACGAGUUCAACUUAUGAAGUUUUGAUUGGAAGUAUCACAAGUUUCAUAUCCAAAAGUUCCUCAAAACUAAGCCAUUCUGAAUCUACUUGAAGCUCGAUCCAGAUUUUGAGACAACUAUGCAGAUGAAUCAUCGUGAGGCUUACCGGAAAGAACUUGUAGACUUGAUCUAUAGCUGUUCUUCUCUGAGAUAUGUAUUUAUAAAGAUGGAAAAUCAUUCCAUCGAAGAAGAGAUUUAUUAUGAUAGGAUCAUCUCUAAUUUAAGCUCAGAUUGUGCCCGAUGUCAAACAAAUAUCAAGGACUUUGAAGAGGAGUUACUAAAGAUCAUUAACUUAGAUGAAAAAUAUGCCAACAAGAAAGUUGAAUCUAAUGAAUGUUGUCUUCAACAAGCCAUCAUCUUCAAGCCUGACUGACUAGAGUUGACCAGGGAUGUAAAAUCAAUCUAUUUUGGCUAA